GAAUUGCUCGAACGAACUCCAGCUUCUUCACUCCAGAUAUUCCAACGACUUUAUAUCUUCCACAUAAGAUACUAUAAUACGCUACUACAUCUACACUACACCCUUGAUAUACGCCAAUCGUACUCGGUAUAUCAAGCUCUUCGCAUCAGUUUCAGCUCUCUACCCCCAAGUUACAUCCAACCGUACUCGAACCAUCAACUCAAUCUUCAUCAUGUGCAAGAAGGCUGUUUGUGAUUCAUGUCAAAAGACGACAUGGUGGGGUUGCGGUAAACACAUCACGAGCGUCAUGGAAAGCGUUCCCCUAGAACAAUGGUGCACCUGCGCUCCACGAGUCGAACAACAAGGACAAAAAUACCCGCCCAAGGGCACGCUGUCAUCUGCAUGACUCCCGGUUUGGCUGAAAUGAUAGAGAAGACGAGAAUGGACAGGGGUGCGAGCGUACGUCAUUCCGGUUUAGGAAUUGAAGACGCAGCGGGCAUGGAAACGGCAUGGAGAAGGAGAAGGCCUUUUGGAACGACUUUUAUGAUAGCGAUGCAUGCAAGGCAUAAUUUUUGAGAGCGUUUAGCGAAUUGCAAAUACAACCAGUUUUUCCCCCGAGUAGCAUUGUCGGCAAUUCUUUCGC